GCAAAUAGGGGGAGAAUGUUCGCAUGUGUGGUUUAAGCUGGGGUGGUGUUUGGGCCUGAAGGAAUGGAAGGAAUGUGUCUGCUGGGAGCGGCUUUUGGAUGAGACUCCCCCUAGGGUUCAGAGAGCCCUUGCCAUUACCUGGCCUCCUCCUGUAUUGCCCAUCCUCUGUGCUGCCUGCUACCCAACAGUGCCAACCUGAGCCUCCAGAAGGACACUCACACCUUGUCCCUCCAUAUCAGCUGGUUCUUGUCUCAGGUGGACAUGGCCCACAAAGGCCACUUUCAACCCAGCAUCCUGAACUGGGUCCUGCAACUGAUCCUGGCAUGGAUCUUCUUGGUGGCCUGUGGAGGGAGCCACCCACUGAAAGCUAGAUUCUGGGGACACCCUGGGCUGGCAGCCAAUGUGGGCAGGAGCCAGCUGCACCUAGCAGGGCACCCUCAGUCCUCGGUUGCACAGCCUUACCCAAGGAUCCGAGAUCCAGGUUCACAGACAUCACCAGUGCCAGAACCUUGCUGUACCUCAGAGAAAGACAGACCUUUGACAUCAAGCUCAGGGAUCCUUCUAGAGAGCUGUGGUACUCCAAGCCCAGAAUGCGAAUUCUUCCUGGGACAACUUCAACGUGCUCUCCGCAAUCGCUUCCACCCCCUCCUGCUGGGAGUGCAGCCUCUCUGCCCGGAGCUCUGCCAAAUUUGGCUCACCACCUGUGAAGCAGAUUUUACCUGUGGACUGACUUGGCUGCAGCCCUCAGGGAAGAGACACUGUGAGGCCAGCUGCCGCACCUUUGGGCAGACCUUCGCCAAUGCUGAAGACCUGUGUGGCACGGUUCUGGGCCACGCACUGGUGGCAGCUCCUGGCUCUCGUCACUGUCUCAACAUCUCCAUCUCCUCUCUACGAGCCCGCCGCUCUCGCGCCUGGAUCUCCAAUGCUGCAGGCAGUGGCAGUGGCAGCGGCAGCGGCGACAGCCCAGAGUAGCUGUUUGGCUUUCAAUAA